AAUUACAGGACUUGAAAAUGAAAACCGAGUUGAACUCUGAGGUUCACUGUAGCAUUACUUCUGGUGGGCAGUAUGCCAAACAACAGUUCUUGUCAGCAGGAGAAGCCAUAUCAGUUACUUGCACUAAAUGACCAUGAACCUCUCUGGAUCAGUGCCAUUAGGAGUUGAACCUUGCACCUCUGCACCUGAAACUGGGAGUUUCUUGUGUCUGACUGAAAGACUCCGAUUUGUUCGUUCUGGUUGUUCAAACUUUUGUGCACGUGUGAACCUGCUAUUCAGCCAGGAGGCAAAGAGCUGUAUAGUGUAGGAGCUGCACAUUGUCUUCCUGGCUAGGUUACAACUGAUGGGAAACCCAAGAUAAUUGAUAUAAUUGAUACAACAGGCAGUGGUGAUGUAACUACAUGUACCAUUGUAGAACCUAAAGAUGGAGAAAUUACUGGUCUUUCUGGAAGAACUUUAAAGAUUCCAGCAAACUGGGUAAAUCCUUCAGGCAAGUAUCACAUUGGCAUAAAAAAUGGCUAUGAUAUCUAUCCUAAAGCUCUUAAGGAGAGGAUUCAGAAAGAACGCAAGGAAAAGCUCUGGGAUCCUGUUCACAGACUGGCUCUAGCAGAGGCCUGUAGGAAACAAGAGGAAUUUGAUGCUGCUCAUAGCUCUCCCUCCCAGGUAAAUAAACUAAUAAAGGAAGAACUACAAAAUCAAGUGGAACUGUUGAAUUCUUUUGAGAAAAAAUAUAGUGAUCCUGGCCCAGUAUAUGAUUGCAUAGUAUGGAAUGAUGGUGAGACCUGGAGAGCCUGCAUAGAUACAAGUGAGAGUGGUGACUUAACUAGCUGUACAGUGCUGAGAACCUACAAAGAGGCUCAUGAAUAUGGAUCUUUUGGAACAUCUGAGAUGUUGAAUUAUUCCGUUAAUAUAUAUGAUGAUGGAAACCUCCUUUCCAUUGUGACAAGUGGAGGAGCACAUGGAACACAUGUGGCUAGUAUUGCAGCUGGGUACUUUCCAGAAGAACCAGAACGAAAUGGUGUGGCUCCUGGAGCUCAGAUUCUUGCGAUCAAGAUUGGCGAUACAAGACUAAGUACAAUGGAAACCGGCACUGGUCUAAUAAGAGCUAUGAUAGAAGCAAUAAAGUACAAAUGUGAUCUUGUCAACUAUAGCUAUGGAGAGGCAACACAUUGGCCAAAUUCUGGGAGAAUUUGUGAAGUAAUUAAUGAAGCAGUGUGGAAACACAACGUGAUCUAUGUUUCAAGUGCAGGAAAUAAUGGCCCUUGCCUUUCUACAGUAGGAUGUCCUGGUGGAACUACAUCUAGUGUAAUAGGUGUUGGUGCCUAUGUAUCGCCUGACAUGAUGGUUGCUGAAUAUUCUUUAAGAGAAAAACUGCCAGCAAAUCAAUAUACUUGGUCAUCCAGAGGGCCUAGCACUGAUGGAGCCCUUGGAGUAAGUAUCAGUGCCCCAGGAGGUGCUAUUGCUUCUGUUCCAAACUGGACUCUGCGAGGAACGCAACUCAUGAAUGGUACAUCCAUGUCUUCUCCCAAUGCAUGUGGAGGCAUUGCAUUAGUAUUGUCAGGACUCAAAGCCAAUGAUAUUCAUUACACUGUUCAUUCUGUCAGAAGAGCUUUAGAAAAUACUGCAGUGAAAGCUGAAAACAUAGAAGUAUUUGCACAAGGACAUGGUAUUAUUCAGGUUGAUAAAGCCUACGACUACCUCAUUCAGAAUUCAUCAUUCACAAAUAACGUGGGCUUUACAGUUACUGUUGGCAGCAACCGUGGAAUCUACCUCAGAGAUCCUGCCCAGAUAGCUGCACCUUCUGACCAUGGGGUUGGCAUAGAACCUGUCUUUCCUGAGAAUACAGAAAACACUGAAAGAAUAUCUCUCCAGCUUCAUUUAGCUUUAACUUCAAAUGCACCAUGGGUCCAGUGUCCUAGUCAUUUAGAGCUUAUGAACCAGUGUCGGCAUAUAAACAUCCGUGUGGAUCCACGUGGCCUGAGAGAAGGACUACACUAUACAGAGGUGUGCGGAUAUGAUAUAGCAAUGCCUAAUGCAGGCCCUCUGUUCAGAGUUCCAAUAACUGUUGUUAUACCCACAAGAGUAGAUGAAUCAUCAAGCUAUGACCUGACAUAUACAGAUGUUCAUUUUAAACCUGGUCAAAUCCGAAGGCACUUCAUUGAUGUUCCACAGGGAGCUACAUGGGCUGAAGUGACAGUAUGUUCAUGUUCAGCUGAUGUGACUGCCAAGUUUGUGCUUCAUGCUGUUCAGCUAGUGAAACAAAAAGCAUAUAGAAGUCAUGAGUUCUACAAAUUUUCAUCCUUACCAGAAAAAGGAUCAUUGACUGAAGCAUUUCCUGUCUUAGCUGGAAAAACCAUUGAAUUUUGUGUUGCUCGGUGGUGGGCAAGCCUUAGUGAUGUUAGCAUUAACUACACUAUUUCUUUCCAUGGUGUACUUUGUGCUACUCCUCAGCUAAACAUGCAUGCUUCAGAAGGCAUCGUACGCUUUGAUGUCCAGUCCCUGCUGAAGUAUGAAGAUAUUGCUCCUUGCAUAAAUCUCAAAAGCUGGGUUCAGACGCUCAGACCAGUGAGUGCAAAAAUAAAACCUUUGGGCUCCAGAGAUAUUUUACCAAAUAAUCGUCAACUGUAUGAGAUGAUUUUGACCUAUAACUUCCAUCAGCCUAAGAGUGGAGAAGUAACUCCAAGCUGUCCACUUCUUUGUGAGUUGUUGUAUGAAUCUGAAUUUGAUAGUCAACUCUGGAUUAUUUUUGACCAGAACAAAAGACAAAUGGGUUCAGGAGAUGCCUAUCCGCACCAGUAUUCUGUGAAACUGGAAAAAGGAGAUUACACUAUUCGGUUACAAAUUCGUCACGAACAGAACAGUGAGCUGGAUCGCAUCAAAGACCUUCCGUUUAUUGUUUCUCACAGGUUGUCUAGUACCUUGAGCUUAGAUAUUUAUGAAAACCAUAGCCUUGCUCUCUUAGGGAAGAAGAAAUCCAACAGUUUGACAUUACCACCAAAACACAGUCAGCCAUUCUUUGUAACAUCUCUGCCUGAUGACAAGAUACCUAAAGGAGCAGGACCAGGAUGUUAUCUUGCAGGAGCUCUUACACUGUCUAAAACAGAACUUGGAAAGAAAGCUGAUGUCCUUACGGUUCACUAUCAUUUGAUACCAUCACCAGCAAAGAGUAAAAAUGGCAGCAAAGAGAAAGAAAGAGAACAGGAAAAGGAAAAAGAUGUGAAAGAAGAAUUUGCUGAAGCUUUAAGAGAUCUGAAAAUACAGUGGAUGACCAAGCUGGAUACCAGUGACAUGUAUAAUGAGUUGAAAGAAGCGUUUCCUAAUCAUCUUCCAUUGUAUGUUGCAAGACUUCAUCAGCUGGAUUCUGAAAAGGAACGAAUGAAAAGACUUGAUGAAAUUGUUGAAGCUGCAAAUACUGUAAUCUCUCAUAUUGAUCAGACAGCGUUAGCAGUAUAUUUUGCCAUGAAGACUGAUCCCAGGCCUGAUGCAACUACUAUAAAAAAUGAAAUGGAAAAACAGAAGACUACUUUAGUGGAUGCACUUUGUCGAAAAGGAAGCGCACUAGCUGACCAACUUCUUCAUCUGCAGGCCCAACAAGGGGCUGCUUCCAGUGAUGCAGAAGGCAAAGAUGAGGAUCACGAAAGCUGCUCAGAGGCUUUGACAGAGACAUUCUGGGAAACAACAAAAUGGACCGAUCUUUUUGACAGCAAGGUUUUGACUUUUGCCUAUAAGCACGCAUUGGUAAAUAAAAUGUAUGGGAGAGGUCUGAAAUUUGCCACAAAACUUGCAGAAGAAAAGCCAACGAAAGACAAUUUGAAAAACUGCAUUCAGCUAAUGAAGUUGCUUGGAUGGACUCAUUGUGCAACUUUCACUGAAAACUGGCUUCCUGUCAUGUAUCCACCUGAUUAUUGUGUAUUCUAGAAUAUCAACAAUUGUAAUCUUCAAGUGAUUUUUAUAUGGGGCAGGACAUGAAAAUAUAAGUUUGACUUUUUAUUGGAACGCAUGCUUUCGUUACUGAAUGCUGAUUAUUAAAUUGUGUGUAUUUAUCGGUAAAGGUACCUGGGUAAGGCUUAAUACCUGUCAACCCAACUCCUGUCAUCAGGGGGUUUCCUUAUUGUGCAUCCCAUUGCUGGCAAUGGAUGUGCCAGAACUGCCAACACCAAGGAUUUGGAAUUAGGCUGGGAAGGCUUCCUGCAUGCAUGUUAGGUUCUUAACUGUUACUUUUAACGACAAACCUGUAAAAGCUCUGUAUUUUUUACAGUAAACUGAAUUUUAACAUGUUUGAUCUUUAUUUCAAUUAUAUGAAGGCCUUAAAGCUACUGCAAGAGUAGCUAAAAACUUAUUUAUUAGACUAAAGUAACGGGACAUCAUUACCUGUAUUGUUUGCAAGAGUUUACAUUUAAUUUUUUUAAGAAAAAUUCAACCUCUCAAAUUGUUACGAUGUGUAACUCGGAAUUGCUGAUGCAUAGGUGCUCUUGUAAAUCUUCAUUUUGGAGUGAUUUCAGGCAAAGUCAAAAAUCCAUGUGAAGUUGAGUAUCAGAACAGGCUGAUACAUGUAUAAAGGUGCCAGACAGUUAAAUCUUGAUCAGGUAUUGUAAAGCUAUACGUAUAUGUUUAAUAAUGUCAAAAAUGUAAAACACAGCAGAAUAAAUGUGCAAAGUUGAAGAUCAAAAAACACCAUGUGCACUCUGAUACUUUAAAAGAUUUUAUAAUUAAUAAAAAGAAAUAAUUAAGCUAAAAAUCGUAUUGGUGUCUGAAAGAGUACAGAAAUGAAAGUUGCUGAAAGAAAAUACCUUACAAACAACAGAAGUUCAGUGCAGCCCAGAAUAUCAGUGCUUUGUUAAAGCCUUUUUACUGACUGUUGCUACUAACAUUGUUCCUUCAGUGGAGUGAAAUUGGUCUGUUUGAACAGGUCGUAUGUAUCAACCAAAGACAAAUUGCUAUACGCUUUGUCAUAUCUUGUAAUGCAAAAUUCAGAUACAACUGCAACUUUACAAACAUAAAUGCACAGAAGGUGCACCGUAAUGCUUCAGAACAUUCCAAACUGCAGGGUGCUCCCAUUAAAUCAAAAUUAGUAACAAUUUCCUCUUUAAUUCUCUCUUACUGUGGCUUUAAGCAGCUUGACAUUUGAUUCUGGAAAUUCUGCUAAAAUGGUUGUGUUAAAUAUAUUGCAAAGUUUUUCCAAAAAUUCAUAGUCUGUACUGAAUCUGAAUUUAUUUGCCCAUAGUAAUACUGUUCCUGGCUUACAAAAAUACACCAUAGUUGCUAGCAGGGAGUCCAGAGCUGUAUGGUGGUACACAACAUCACUUGCCAGGAUGAAAUCAUAAUGGUGAGUUGAUACAGGAAAGUCUUCGUUGAGGCCUUCUCCCCAUACCAGUUUUCUCACUUCAGGUUUGUGCAUAUUCAUGUUUUGUGUAUUUCUUGAAAUAUUAUAUGAGAGAUUUUCAAGAACUUCAGGCAAAUCAGUAGCUGUGACAUAAGCUCCUAAAGAAAACAGGAAUUUGUGUCAAUUCAUCAGUAUGUAGUUGAACAUAUAUAUAUAUGAAACUUUAUCUACAUAAGUUCCCCAGCUUCCCCCUCACAAAUAACUAGGGUAGUUACUUUUAUUGACAAAACAGUAUUUUACAAUAAUUUUCGUUUUUAAAAAGGCAGUGACAAAGUUUACUUCAACUGUUCUUUCAUUGCCUUAAAGUGACAGUGGCAGAUCUAGAUCAUCUGUCACAAGAAAUCCAAAAGGAAAUAUAAAUUUACUAACCUAAGAGACAGGCCACAAUGGAAAGCAAGCCUGUUCCAGCACCAAUUUCCAAAACUUUUUUGUCUUUGAGGUUGAAUUGUUCUUGAUUUGUUUCCAGAUAUUGAGAUAAAGCCAGUGCCUAAAACGGUUAACACAUACAUAUAAGGGGGUAACAGGUAAGUUGCACAAAAAGUCAUUAGAUUUUUUUUUUUAUACAAGUUUUUUUAUAUAUACAAUGAAAAACACUGAAGGCUGUAACAUAAAAAUGUAACAUGGAAAGAAUUAUGAUAUGUCCUGGUUUUUAUAUUAAAAAAAGUUAAGCAGCUUAUUUUUAGGUUUAUGGCAUAUGGAUUAGCUGCACACUGUGCACGCUGUGAGUCCUCUGACAGCUCAAGGUAGGCAGUGUUUUAAUGUGAACCACACAGAACAGCAAACAAGAGGUUUAACAAUAUGGAAAGCGUAACGUUCUGGGUUAUUAUCAUAAAUGUUAUCGUUUGUUAUCACUAUCAUAAAGUAGAUUCAGGCUUUUUUUUUCAGGAUUUUUUUUUUUAAUUUGUUUGUUUUCAAAGCAGAUAUUAAAUUUAUUGAUUCAACACUUAUCUGCUGAUAAUAGUAUAAACUUUAAGAAGAAAACCAACAAACAACCACACUGAAUGGAAGUAUUGUUUAUCAAACUUUUGUAAAGGUGUCAUCAAUAGAAUACAAAUUGGCUGUUUAUAAACAACAUAAAGCGAUGCCAAAGAAACUACCUUCCCCCUGUUGUUUCUCUCCUUUAGAGUUGUGUUACUGUUACUGUUUAAACUCUUGUGCUUUUCAUAAUGCAACACUGGCUACCAGCUCUGGGAAAGCUGACAGCUAAUGAAUCACCAGUCUAAUUUGUGCAACCUCUCGAUUUUCUUGGAAAGUUUUACUAUCUGCAUUCUGACACCUGAUUAACGUGAGAACUGAUGAACUGACACUUCAAAAUAAGAUACUGUUUCACCCACCCGUACGCUUUCUUUUCAUCUAUUGUUUUGAAAUUGUCUGCCAUUUUCUGUGAGCUUUUUAAUAAAUGUGGAUCUGAAAAAUUUUGAAAUCCUAA